AUGUGCCCUGAUGCUAACUUUUGCGAGCACUACUUCGACAAGCUGCUGGAGAAGUUCCACCCCAUCGUGCAUGCUGAGGGGCGCGGCGGCAAGGUUCAGUGCAAGCACGGUGACGGCGAGUGCACCGGCAACAAGUAUCAGCUGUGCGUGGGGCGCCACACGCCGCCGGAGCGCAACCGCGACUGGUUCUUGAGAUUCCUGGUGUGCACGUGGGAGACGCGCACCAUGGUCUACAGCCGCAGCAUCGUCAGCGAGUGCCUCAACAAGGUGGAUGCGGACAAGAAAGUCAGCAGCGCCGUGGAUGCAUGUUUGGAGGGAUCCGAGGGCGACGGCCUCAUGCUGCAGGACGCUCGCCUCGUGGCCAAGCGCGGCAUGCAGCGCAGCUGCACCGUGGCGAUCGAGGGCACCAAGCGCUGCAUACGCGACGGCGGGCGAUGGUACGACUGCCCCGGCGGUGACAAGGAGGAGGACUUUGUGCGGUCGCUCUGCGACGCCUACAGGGCCAAGACAGGCAAGGACUCGCCGCUCUGCCCUCAUGCUGCUCACGUGUCCACAUCGCGCAAAGAAUGA